CGCGCGGCGGCCAGAGGGCUCCGGGCGGCUGGAGCAACGUGGGCAGCGCGCAGACCCAGACGCGCGGCGCGGAGCAGGAGGAGCGGCGGGGCGCCCCGGCGGCAGGCGGGUACAAAAAUAUACAAAACUUCAGCCCCAAAUCACAUAGAGCAAACAUGAAUGACGUUUCACAAAAGGCAGAGAUUCUGCUUUCUUCAUCUAAACCUGUCCUCAAAUCCUAUGUGCCAAAACUUGGCAAGGGUGAUGUAAAGGAUAAGUUUGAAGCCAUGCAGAGGGCCAGGGAAGAAAGAAACCAAAGGCGGUCUAGAGACGAAAAGCAAAGAAGAAAAGAGCAGUAUAUUAGAGAGAGAGAAUGGAACAGGAGAAAGCAGGAGAUUAAAGAAAUGCUUGCUUCUGAUGAUGAGGAAGAGAUCUCUCCUAAAGUAGAAAAGGCUUAUGUCCCAAAGCUAACAGGUACGGUUAAAGGUAAAUUUGAUGAAAUGGAGAAACACAGACAGGAGGAACAAAGGAAGAGAACAGAAGAGGAAAGAAAACGCAGAACUGAGCAGGACCUGUUAGAAAAGAGGAAAAUACAACGUGAAUUAGCUAAAAGAGCUGAGCAGAUUGAGGACAUAAACAAUUCGGGAACCGAAUCCGCAUCAGAGGAAGGAGAUGACUCACUACUUAUAACAGUGGUACCUGCCAAAUCAUUCAAGAUAUCUGGAAAAAUAAAGAAUCCUGAGGACCCAGACAAAGAACAAAGGAACGAAGGGCUUAAUCAUGAAGGAGAUAAAACAGGAUAUGAAGAGUGCCGAUCUCUCAAAGAAGCCAAGUGUCUUUCAUUCGUCAUGGAUGAUGAAACAGAGGCCAAAAAAGAAUCACAUUUUCCUGGAAAACUGAAAUCAACUUUUGAAGAACUGGAGCGACAAAGACAAGAAACUCGCAAGAAGCAAGCUGAAGAGGAAGCUAGACGGCGCCUAGAAGAAGAGAGGCGUGCCUUUGAGGAAGCCAGGAGGCACAUGGUAAAUGAAGAGGAUGAAAGCCAAGAUACAGAAACAGUUUUUAAAGAGUACCGCCCUGGAAAACUCAAACUCAGUUUUGAGGAAAUAGAAAGGCAAAGGAGGCAAGAUGAAAAAAGAAAAGCAGAGGAGGAGGCCCGAAGGAGAAUAGAGGAAGAGAAGGCAGCAUUUGCUGAAGCACGGAGAAGCCUGGUAUUAGAUGAUAGUUGCCCAGAGAUGUACAAAACAGUCUUUCAAGAAACUCUAAUGCCUGGAAAACUGGAAAUUAAUUUUGAAGAGCUAUUAAAACAAAAAAUGGAAGAAGAAAGACGACGAACAGAGGAAGAACGAAGGCAUAAACUAGAAAUGGAGAAACAGGAAUUUGAGCAACUGAGACAAGAAAUGGGAAAGGAAGAAGAAGAAAGCGAAACUUUUGGAUUGAGUAGAGAAUAUGAAGAAUUAAUCAAAUUAAGAAGAAGUGGCUCUAUUCAAGCUAAAAAUCUAAAAAGCAAGUUUGAAAAAAUUGGACAGUUGUCUGAAAAAGAAAUACAGAAAAAGAUAGAAGAAGAGCGAGCAAAAAGGAGAGCAAUUGACCUUGAAAUUAAAGAACGAGAAGCAGAAAACUUCCAUGAGGAAGAUGAUGUUGAUGUAAAGCCUGCAAAAAAAAGCGAAUCUCCCUUUACUCACAAAGUGAACAUGAAAGCCAGAUUUGAACAAAUGGCUAAAGCAAGAGAAGAAGAAGAACAAAGGAGAAUUGAAGAGCAAAAGUUACUACGGAUGCAGUUUGAACAGAAAGAAAUUGAUGCAGCAUUACAGAAGAAAAGAGAAGACGAGGAGGAAGAUGAUGGUAGCAUCGUUAAUGGAUCCACUACUGAAGAUGAAGAGCAAACCAGAUCAGGAGCGCCAUGGUUCAAAAAGCCUCUAAGAAACACCUCAGUUGUAGACAGUGAGCCAGUCAGAUUUACUGUUAAAGUAACAGGGGAGCCCAAGCCAGAAAUUACAUGGUGGUUUGAAGGAGAAAUACUGCAGGACGGAGAAGACUAUCAAUACAUUGAAAGAGGUGAAACUUACUGCCUCUAUUUACCAGAAACGUUCCCAGAAGAUGGAGGAGAAUAUAUGUGUAAAGCAGUCAACAACAAAGGCUCUGCAGCAAGUACCUGUAUUCUUACCAUUGAAAGUAAGAAUUAA